CGUUGUUUGACGUGGAUUGACGAAAAAAUAUCGAAUUUUUCUUUAAAAUCAAAAUAAACACAAGCGUUUUGUUGAAAUUAAGUGAAAUUAAGACACGAUUGUUACGUGAAAUUGUGUAAAUAUGUUUUAGUGUUAAAUUAGAACGAAGGAAAGUAAGAGUUUGGUAUAAUUCUGUACUAAAACACUUGAAAACAAAUAAUACAUGCAUAAACUCACGCCUAUUUCCCAUUAGGGACUUCAAUUAAAACAUUCACUAAAAUGUCGACCGAGGGAAUGGAAAUAAAAAAGUCGCCGGAGGAAAUCGAGGAAACAGACACGGCUGAACCGAUUGAAGUCAAAUGUGAAGUUAUAGAAAUAUCUGAUGACGGUGGGGAUUUGCCAGACGCAUCCACUAAGAAAAAACAAAGAAGUACUAAGAAUCAAAUAGACUACUUAUGCCGUUAUAUGCAGCAGCAUAGAGAAUUUGCGGCUGGCGAAUAUAAAUCGCCGCAACGGGCAGCGCAAAAUGAGCGACAGUGGUUGCAGCUUAAGGCUGCCCUUGAUAAGCUUGGACUCCAGCGCACGGUUGAGCAAUGGAAGACGUGUUGGCGUGACCAAAAAAGGAAGGCGAGGAAGGAGGGCGUCGCCCUAAAAGCCAAUAAUUCCACAGGGAACGGUGCUCACAUCCAAGAGCUAUCGGAUAAUUCAGCCAUGAUAUUAAAUACGAUUGACAAAAAAAAAUCUCUGGGGUGUGGCCCUACAGAAUCUCCCAUUGGAUUGUCUAAAACACCUAAACUGGCACCAAAAUCAGCACCAGAUGCUGUCAAAGGCAGUGCAAUAACAUUGGCUUCCACACCAUUCCUGGUCCCUUUACUGCCCCUGGCACCAAGACCGGUGUCCAAACGUCCACCUCAACCCUCACCAGCACCAACUCCACCACCCCCACAACCUUCUCGCGUUCCAUCAAAGCGUAGACGAUUGCGCGUGAGCCAUCCACAGGAUCCCUUCCUAAAUGCUCAAUUGGAAUUAAACGGUUUAAUGAAAGAAUUAAUUAAAGAGGUACGACUGAGCAAUCGACUCAAAAUCGAACAAAAUCGCCUUCUUAAGAAAUGCAGCCACAGACAACAGUAAUUUCAUCGUAUUGUUAAAUAUUAGUUAAGUGUAUUGAUAAUUAAAACAGAUUUAUUAGUAUUAAAAGUUCAUUUUAUUUUAAGUACUUACCUAAGAG